AUGGUGAGUGGUGUUUACAGAGUCUCGUGUGUGAGAUUUCUUAGCGGUAAGAAAUCUCAAAAAGAAGGGGGAAGUGUAACAGAGUUUAAAAAGUGGCUAUGUGUUGUAAAUAGUGAGGCCACGCUCCUACUAGCAAUAGCUAGGUCUACUACUUGUACUAUUAAUAAAAUCAUCCAAACCAGAAACGAUGUUGUCAUUCCAAGAACCCUAUUACAUAUUGGCGCCCAACUAAAAAACCCACAUGGAAGAAAGACAGACAGGACGUUCGUGUCACCAAGUCUAUGUGCGGCGCGGAGUGCUGGACAAAUCACCGUCUCAUCGUCUCUUAACUCAUUUCCGGAUCAAACCCAAGAUACGUCCUCAGGGACCACGGCUCCAAAACGUCUAAACGUUGGCAAGCUCAAGUUGUCUUCCUCUCAGUACUUUGCUGACACCCUGGAUGAACGCCUGAACUCCACCGCACUGGAUGACCACGACGUGGAAGCAGCAUGGAGCACACUUCGUAAUACAGUGUACAAUACAGCCUUCGAGUGCCGGGGGCCCUCCACCAGAAAACACAAAGACUGGCAAGAAAGACGCUCUGAGGAACGCUCGCAGCAUAGUACAGCAAAAGCUUAUGAUAUGCAGGACCCCUGGCUGAAUGCUAAAGCUGACGAGAUUCAACGCUACGCCGACUCUCAUGACAGGAAGAACUUUUACCGUGGACUGAAGGAAGUCUACGGUCCAACUCCUUCAGUUCCCAUCAACCAGUCACUGGAAGCCGUUCCCACGCUGGAAGAGAUCCAGAAAGCAAUUAGUCUGCUAUCAACUGGCAAAGCACCUGGCGGAGACUCCAUCCAAGCUGAGAUUUACAAAGAAGGGAGCAUGGCUCAAGUCGAAAAACUCCACUAUCUGUUUGAACUCAUUUGGGACCAAAAGAAGGUGCCUCAAGUCCUUAAGGAUGCCUCAAUCAUCCACCUGUACAAGCGAAAGAGAAAUACACAGGCCUGCGACAACUACCGUGGAAUUUCCCUUCUCACCAUCGCAGGCAAGACUCUGGCGCGGGUUCUACUUAACCGUCUCAUUAAACACUUUGAGGAUGGCCUCCUGCCCGAGAGUCAGUGCGGCUUCCGGAAAAAUCGCGGUACAAUCGACAUGGUGUUCGCUGCACGUCAGCUGCAAGAGAAGUGUCAGGAACAGAUUUCCAACCCAUACUCCACUUACGUUGAUCUGACCAAGGCUUUUGACACAGAGAAGGCCUUUGGCGAAUUAUGA